AGGCUUUUCAGUUCCUCCUUGUAUUCAUAUCUGCAAGUCUCCGCGAUGUCACAGGUCGUUAAGAUCUGUCCACGGGCAAAGCGUCAAAGGAUGCUGGACACCGAUGAAGAGUCGAGGCCAGUGAACCUGGACAUGCAAACGGUGUCAGGACUCUUCCGAUACAAGCAAGCAGAAGCUGCAAAGAUGCUGGGCAUUUCGUUGUCAGCUAUGAAGAGUGCAUGUCGGAGGAUUGGAAUCUCACGUUGGCCGUAUUCGAGAUCAAGAAACGAGGAAGCACAAGCAAGGGCCGGCGAGGAAGUAAGGUCGGACUCGGAUUCCACCCUCGAGGAGGGCAGCUCCGUGGCCGCACGAGAUCGACGUGCUUCUGAAGGGCAGUCGGGGCGAGACUCUGAGGAGGAGCACAAGGAUGCAGGGGACGUGGAUUUUAUUCCGAUAGAGAGGAGGUGGAUCGAGUGGUUCACGAGGGUGAAUUUCGACGAGGACAUCUCGUUUCGAUAAGUGUUUGUGAGGAGUGAAUGGCUGCAAUUGGAUUUUCUUGUCUGGGAGAGAGAAUUGAAUCUCAAGAACUACUCUUGAGGCAUU